AAAAAGUCAGAAACGUUAAAAUGCGGUACGCCCACAUAUUUGAAUUCUGAGGAUGUUUAUUUUCUAUGAAUACAGUAUGUCAGUUUAUGCUUUUGUAAAUUCAAUGCGAUAUCACAGGCGAUCCUUAAAACAGAUGUAAUUCCAUUUUAAGGUAAUUAGAAGCGUUUCAAAUACGUUAUAGGCCUACUAUUCGUCAUAUAAAGCGAAUAUGUGAAUAAUUCUCUUUUUUCACUAAAUCUUGCCGCACCUGAUGGAAUAGUUAACUAGGGAAUGGCAAGAAUCUUGAUAAAUUAUGAUUUCCUUUUUUGUCUCACAAUUUCAAUAAUCACAGCUUGCCGAGGAAUUGGUGGAGAAAUGGUCUCAAACACCACGUGGUGAACAUAUCCCUUGCCGCCAGGAGGCGUUUUUGUUCACGUUGAAGGCCAUAACACAGGCUUCACUUGGAGACUACUUUUUGGAUGAGGAGCAGAUCACACAAUUUUUGAAGGCAUAUGAUGUAUGUUGGUAUGAUAUGGAAGAGAGACUUACAGGGGAUAUACCGCAACCUGGAAGUGAGCGUGAAAAGAAAUUUAACAACGCGAAUAAAUACAUGAAAGAAAGAUUAGCAGCUGCGAUCGACUUAAGACGAAAGGCCCCGACCACCGAGAAACGCGAGAUGUUAAUUGACGUCCUGAUUGAGAACAAUAUCCCAGAUGACAUGUUGCAGGGAGAGCUGAUUAGCUUCAUCAUUGGUGGAUUCCAUUCAUCAGGAAAUUUGCUAGUGUGGGCCCUCCACUUCAUCUCUGUAUAUCCUGUCGUUCAGGAGAAAAUGUUCCAAGAAGUAAAAGCCGUACUGGGCGACACAGGCAAGGUUACACCGGAUAACAUUGCACAGUUGGUGUUCAUCCGUCAGGUAAUGGACGAGACGCUGCGCGUGGCGGUGGUUGCACCUUACGCAGGCCGCUAUGACGAUGAAAAAGACGUCAAACUUGGAGAUUACGUCAUACCAGCUGGGACUCCCAUUCUCUAUGCGUUGGGUGUAGUGCUGAAUGAUCCAACAUGCUGGCCAAAUCCCAAGAAGUACGUUAUUUUAGAAUUGUAA